CUUGUAUCCCUCCCUGGUCUACUUGUCUACCUAGGUUGCUAGGAGCCCUACACUGUAGAGUAGUGAUGGACUGGCCAUACGGAUAGGUUCCCUCGCACGCUCGAGCGGGCCUUGUCGGUCGGCACUGAGGGGGCAUGGGUCAUGCUUCCGAGCCCGGCACACGAUGCUCAUCUGUCCGUGUACGGGGUACACGUAGACUACACAGUACCUGACUUACCACGCGUGUACCUGCGCCCCCGCGCUGUCCAAAACCUGUCCUCCCUCCCCCACACACGAUACACCGGCGCCGGCGCAGCAGAGCACAGACACAAGCACAGCAUCAGGCACAGGACCAGGCUGGUGGGCCCGCCCGUUGUUGUUGGGGUUGGGUUGGGCUCUCAAGUUCUGCAUGUGCUGCAUGUGCUCGGCGUGCUCGCUGCUUCCCGGCCACCUCGGCGCCAGCAUCCCGUCUGCUCGCCCAUGUCUCUGUGCAAAGACCGAACCUGCCUCCGCCUCGUCUCCCAUGUGCUUUUCUGCCCUGACACUUAACUUGCAACCUUUGGCAUUGCCUUCUGCCCUUGUGCGUGACCACACUUGCACCCAGCUUCCUCCCACCAAUUGCAUGAUCUGAAGCGUCUACUCCCUGACCAAGGCCUAGUCCCGGUUAUUUCUCGUUUAUACGGCCCUCGGCUGAUAUCUUUUUGUCGGAAUAAGACCUGUGUGUCCUCCUGUCCCACCCUCUGCUGUCAUAAACAGCCUUGGACUGCUUAUUGCCCCUUCUCCACCCUCCCCUCCCCAACACACAUACUCACACACACACACAUAUAUAUAUAUAUAUAUUAUAGUAGUUGAGCUGACGUAGAGAAGAGAUCUCGCAAGAGAGUCAGACAAUAACAAGAUGGACGCAAAAGCCAGCAAUGGCGAUGGGGCCAGGAACCAACCCAGGGACGGUGAUUAUAUCCAAUGGGACUGUCUCCCUCCCGGAGGCCCUCUCAACCGGUGGAGCCACAGCAUGACCAAGGGUCACGACUAUGUUGGAGCUCAGGUCAGUCCUCCAGGCCAGGUCGACCAGGCCACGAACCCGGAUAUCGUCAGGCUAACACUCGUGCCACCCGCACAAGGCCAUGCUCUACGCCGCCGGAGUUCCUGACGACCAGACCAUGAGAAACGCUCCUCAUGUUGGCAUCUCAACUGUGUGGUGGGAGGGAAACCCUUGCAACACGCAUCUUAUGGACAUGGGCAAGAUCGUCAAGAGGGCCGUGGAGAAGCAGGGCAUGCUUGCCUGGCAGUUUAACACCAUUGGCGUUUCGGACGGGAUCACGAUGGGGAGCGAGGGUAGGUCCAUCCAUCCAUCUAUAUUCGACAACCUUGGGACUUUGCAGUGGAAUUUAGAACCCAGGGCGGUCUGACCAACAAGCUCCACCACCACAGGGAUGCGCUACUCGCUCCAGUCGAGGGAGAUCAUAGCCGACUCGAUCGAGACGGUGACCUGCGCCCAGCGCCAUGACGCAAACAUCUCGAUCCCGGGCUGCGACAAGAACAUGCCCGGGGUCAUCAUGGCCGCGGCCCGCCACAACAGGCCCUUCAUCAUGAUCUACGGCGGCACCAUCAACAAGGGCCACUCGUCCCUGCUGGACCGCGAGAUCAACAUAUCCACGUGCUACGAGUCCGCGGGGGCCUACACGUACGGCAGGCUGCACGCCAGGUGCCCCAAGGCCAACGGCGACGCCGCCACGCCCGAGGACGUGCUCGAGGAGAUUGCGCACCACGCCUGCCCCAGCGUCGGGGCCUGCGGCGGCAUGUACACGGCAAACACGCUGGCCACGGCCAUCGAGGUCAUGGGGCUCUCGCUGCCCGGCAGCUCCUCGUACCCGGCCACGUCGCCCGAGAAGGCCCGCGAGUGCGAGCGCGCGGCCGAGGCCAUCGGGGUGGUCAUGGCCAAGGACAUCCGGCCCAGGGACCUGCUCACCCGGGCCGCCUUCGAGAACGCCCUGGUCCUGACCAUGGUGCUCGGCGGCAGCACAAACAGCGUCCUGCACUUCCUCGCCAUGGCCGACAGCGCCGACGUGCCCCUGACCCUCGACGACAUCGACAGGACGAGCAACCGCGUGCCCUUCCUGGCCGACCUGGCGCCCAGCGGCAAGCACCUGAUGGAGGACCUGUACAAGAUCGGCGGCACGCCGUCGGUGCUCAAGAUGCUCAUCGCCGCUGGCCUCAUCGACGGGUCCCUCAUGACCGUCACCGGCAGGACGCUGGCCGAGAACUGCAGCUCGUGGCCGUCGCUCGACCCGGGGCAGAAGAUCAUCAGGCCGCUCGACGACCCCAUCAAGAAGACGGGCCACCUCCGGGUGCUCAGGGGCAACCUCGCCCCGCAGGGGGCCGUGGCCAAGAUCACGGGCAAGGAGGGCCUGUCGUUCACGGGCAAGGCGAGGGUCUUUGACAAGGAGCACGAGCUCAACAGCGCGCUGCAGAGCGGCGAGAUCAAGGUGACGGACGGCAACCUCGUCCUGAUCGUGCGCUACGAGGGGCCGCGCGGCGGGCCGGGCAUGCCGGAGCAGCUCACGGCGUCGGCGGCCAUCAUGGGCGCCGGGCUCACCAACGUCGCGCUCGUCACGGACGGCCGGUACUCGGGGGCCAGCCACGGGUUCAUCGUGGGCCACGUGUGCCCAGAGGCGGCGGUCGGGGGGCCCAUCGCCAUGGUCAGGGACGGCGACGAGGUCCGCAUCGACGCCGUGGAGAACCGCAUCGACGUGCUCAACGCCACGGUCGAGGAGCUGAGGGAGAGGCGGAAGAGCUGGAGGCCGCCGGUACAGAAGCCCCUGAGGGGCACCCUGGCCAAGUAUGCUCGACUGGUCGGCGACGCCAGCCAUGGUGCCGUCACCGACUCUGCUGAGCCCCUGUACAGCGCAGAGUGGUGAUGGACCAGCCGGGGGUGGUUGGGGGAGGGUGAUUCGGUGUAGAAUCUUGAUGCUGACAAUCCAAAGGCCUGCCUCCGUUAGACAAUGUUGGCCUUCGCCUCGUAGGUUGGACGAUUCAACUGUCUCCCUGCGGUCCAGAGUUUGGACGACUCGGAGUCCUCCACGCAGCCAGCUUGAUGGCAUAUGCACAAGAGCACAAGCAGAGAAACAAACAAGUCCAAUCUUUGGCCCUUGCCAAUG